GCUUUUAGAUCUCAACCCACUCUCUCUUCUGUUUUUUCUUCCUUUCUCUCUCCUCUCUCCCUUUCUCUCUCUACCCGACGAAAAACUUUCUAGGGUUUCUGAGGCGAGCGCCUAAACGGCUCCCGCGACGAGAUCCAGGUUUUGAAUUGGGGAUCCUUCGAAGGAGAAUCUAGGGUUUUGUUUGACCAAAUGCAUUCAAUUUGAGCAAGGGGGCUUUAGCUUCCGGUUUUUCCCUAAUCAUUUGCGGUCUAGGGUUGUCAGCUUUGGGGGUUUAUAGAGAGAGAGAGACCCGAGUAUAGGUUUUGCUCGUGCUACAGCUGAUAUGUGCAGUAAUUGGGAGUGUAUCUUAUGGCACCAACUGUUCCAAUAGAAUUCACUGGACAGAAAGAAAGGAAGUGUUUUCUUUCGCAGAUGAUGGGAAAGUCGCGGAAGUACUCUAAAGGGCAGUUGUCCGGUUUUGUUCCAGAUUACCGGCAUGCUGUUGAGACCUUGGCUGAAUCGGAGGGGUUUGGAAGCUCAGGACGCGUAGACACAGAAAUGACAGCUUCGGAGGAUUCAUGUGGGCCUAAAAGGAAAUCCAUUAGUUUGAAUGUGGAUGGUUAUGAUGGUUAUGGGGUGCCAAUGCAAGUAUUGCCGUUGUCACGGAUGUCGCUGUCUGAAAGGAAGGAUUUGGGAUUGAGGCUGCAAUUGGAACUUGAACAGGUACGGGUUCUUCAGAAGAGAAUUGCUACUAUGAGUUCCAGUGUUGCUGUACUAUCCCCAUCUAGUGAUAUUCGGAGUUGCAGUGAUGGGAAAAAGAAACCUCCACACGAUGGAUAUCAAACAUCAUCCGCAUUUUCUGCGCCUCAAGGUAAGAGAAAGGCUCCUCCUGGGCGUAAUGGUGGCCGCACGAAAAAAAGCAUGUCGGGACCUUUGGAGCCAUCAAGGCCAUUGGCUCCAGCCACCAAUUCAAAUGCUAUGUUGAUGAAACAAUGCGAACAAUUGCUAACCCGCUUAAUUAAACAUCAGUUUGGUUGGGUUUUUGAGAAUCCAGUUGACGUGGUGAAGUUGAACAUACCAGAUUAUUUUACAGUCAUUAAGCAUCCAAUGGAUUUGGGCACUGUGAAGAGCAAGUUGAAUUCAGGCAUGUACUCUUCUCCAUUAGAGUUUGCUGCUGAUGUGCGGCUUACUUUCUCAAAUGCUUUGACUUACAACCCACCUGGAAAUGAGUAUCACAUUAUGGCCGAGACCCUCAGUAAAUAUUUUGAGCAGAGAUGGAAAGCCAUACAGAAGAAGCUUCCAGGAACAACUGGUAUGCAGUCUUUGCCUUCAAGAGCAAGACCGGCUGUUUGUGAAGAAACCAAUACUGCCUUCUUGCCACCCUCAAAAAAGAAGAAAAGUACACCUGUUGAUACUGCUCUCAGGUCUGAAUCUUUUAAAUGCAUCUUGACUGUUGAGGAGAAGGUUAAACUCACUCAGGAGCUGGAUGAUUUGCUGGGAGAAUUGCCUGAAAAUAUUGUUAAUUUCUUAAAAGAGCAUAGCAGUAGUGAAGGGCAAACUGACGAGGAUGAGAUUGAGAUCGACCUUGAUGCCCUUAGUGAUGAUACCUUGUUCGCCUUACGGAAGCUUAUGGAUGACCAUCUUUUGGAGAAACAGAAAAGGCAGGAGAAAGUUGAACCUUGUGAAAUGGAGAUUAUUAACGAGUCGGGAUUUAGCAACUCAUCAAUGCAACCCUGCAAAGGCAAUGAUCCAGUUGAUGAGGAUGUGGAUAUCCUUGGUGGGAAUGACGCUCCUGUUUCAAGCUUUCCUCCAGUAGAGAUAGAGAAAGAUGCAGCUCACAGAAACAGUAAAUGCAGUAGCGCAAGUAGCUCCAGCAGUGAUUCAGGCUCUUCAUCUAGUGAUUCUGAUUCUGGCAGUUCUUCAGAAAGUGAAUCUGAUGAUGCUAAAGCUCCAGAUUCUUUUGGUGGAGGAAAGGAAAAUCUAGGUACUGGAGCAAAUUCAGACCAAAAGAGAAGCGAUAUUGGGGAUUCAGAAAUUCAAAAUAAUUCAAUAAAUGGGGUGGGCCCACAACUAGAGCAGGACACCCCGUCUAAAUUAAACCCUGUUGAGGAGGCUGGACAUAGAGAGGGGGAGAGUGCUCCAACUGAGAGGCAAGUCUCCCCCGAUAAGCUCUACCGUGCAGCUUUAUUGAGGAAUAGAUUUGCUGACACAAUACUAAAAGCCCGAGAGAAGGCACUAGAAAAGGGUGAAAAGCUGGAUCCCGAGAAAUUGCGAAUUGAAAGAGAGGAACUUGAAAAGCGGCAAAAAGAAGAGAAAGCACGCUUACAAGCUGAAGCCAAAGCCGCAGAAGAGGCUCGAAAGAAGGCUGAAGCCGAAGCUGCAGCCGAAGCGAAAAGGCAGAGGGAACUAGAAAGAGAAGCCGCACGUCAGGCACUGCAAAUGAUGGAAAGGACUGUUGAAAUUAAUGAGAAUAGUCAGUUUCUAGAAGAUCUAGAAAUGUUUCGGGCAGUUGUUGAUGAACAUGUGCCAAUUUUCACGGAGGAGACCACCCUGGAGCAUAUUCAGGAUGAGCUUGCCCGGCUUGGUAGUUUUAAACUACAGGGAAGUAGUAAUCCCUUGGAGCAACUUGGUUUGUUCAUGAAGACAGACGAUGAUAUAGAAGAAGAAAUUGAACCUCCCCAGAGUGCCCCAGAACCAGAACCUGAACCUGAACCUGAACCGGAAAGGGAACCAGAACCAGAACCAUCAAAUGAUGUUGAAGCAAAAGAUGUUGAAGAAGGACAGAUCGAUUGAUCUGUUUUUCUCUUCACGUUAUUGUACCAACCGAGGAACAGAAAAAUGGAGGUUCUGAGGCGCUGUGUGGCAGUGACUUGGGAUGCUUUUAUUUGGAUUUGUUGGCCACAGUAUCAUCUCUUUCCUGAAAGGGGGAAGAAGAUCGACUUAGCUGGAGAACAAUUGCCAGCAACACAAAUUGAGUUCUGGGUUUCGGGUUUUCCAGCUUGUGUUAUGUGAAAUGAUUUUCUUUUCUUCAUACAUUCUCCAAGGGAAAUGAAGGGUGGAAUUCGAACAUAACACGAUUCGAUCCAAAUUUACCCAUAGCUGGGGAUGUAUAAAUCAGGGGAAAUCCAAAUUUUUGUGUGUAAAAAGAAAAGUUUAAUUUUUGGGUAGAAGGAUCGGCUUAGAAUUGUAAAAUAUCAUUCUCCUCGGACCAUUUUGGCAUUCUCCCCCUUUUUUACUGGGGAAAAAAGAUGUCUUGUUUUGUUGGGAAUUUUUAGGAAGGAAAUGGCAGAUUUGGAUUUUAGAAAUGGGUUGGAAGAUUUUGGUUU